CUGCCCACGAAUCACACGUGUUUCCGUCGACGCCGGAUGUGUUCUCCUUAAAUCAAACCGCUUUAUUUGUACCGUGUGUUUAACGGUUGCUCCAUUCAGAGCCCCGAGCUCCGCUGAAGGCGACUUUUCUUCGCUAAUCACCGUAUUUCCAGUGUUUCCCCCUCAGUGUUCGCUGAACUGCAGAAAUGUCCCGCCGGAGACACAGCGAUGAAGGCGACGCCGGAGCGCAGCCGCAUAAGCGCAGGCGGACGUCUGAACCCAUCGAGAUCGAGGACCGGCUGGAGUCUCUGAUCUGCCGUGUGGGAGAGAAGAGCACGUCCUCACUGGAGAGCAACCUGGAGGGUCUGGCCGGAGUGCUGGAGGCUGAUCUGCCCAACUAUAAAAGCAAAAUCCUGCGCAUCCUGUGUGCUGUUGCGCGUCUGCUGCCGGAGAAGCUGACGGUGUACAGCACGCUGGUGGGGCUCCUGAACGCCCGCAACUACAACUUUGGUGGAGAGUUUGUGGAGGCGAUGAUCCGGCAGCUGAAGGAGACGCUGAAGGCCAACCUGUACUCAGAGGCCCUCUAUCUGGUGCGCUUCCUCAGUGAUCUGGUCAACUGUCAUGUGAUCGCUGCACCCUCAAUGGUGGCCAUGUUUGAGAACUUCAUCAGUGUGACGCAGGAGGAGGACAUUCCUCAGGUGCGCUCAGACUGGUAUGUGUAUGCGGUGUUGUCCAGUCUGCCGUGGGUGGGGAAGGAGCUGUACGAGAAGAAGGAUGUGGAGAUGGACCGCCUGCUCAGCCAGAUCGACGGAUAUCUGAAGCGGCGGCAGAAGACUCACGUGCCCAUGCUGCAGGUGUGGAGCGCUGAGAAGCCCCACCCACAGGAAGAGUAUCUGGACUGUCUAUGGGCACAGGUGCAGAAGCUGAAGAAGGACCGCUGGCAGGAGCGCCACAUCCUGCGUCCGUACAUCGCCUUCGACAGCGUCCUGUGUGAAGCCCUGCAGCACAACCUGCCGCCCUUCACCCCUCCUGCCCACUGCCCCGACGCCCACUACCCCACGCCACACACUGUGUUCCGCAUGUUCGACUACACCGACGCCCCGGAGGGUCCGGUGAUGCCAGGCAGUCAUUCAGUGGAGCGUUUCGUGAUCGAGGAGAAUCUACACUGCAUUAUAAAGUCUCACUGGAGGGAGAGGAAGACCUGUGCGGCUCAGCUCCUCAGUUACCCUGGAAAGAACAAGAUCCCCCUCAACUACCAUAUAGUGGAGGUGAUCUUCGGAGAGUUGUUCCAGCUGCCGGCUCCUCCUCAUAUAGAUGUGAUGUACACGGCGCUGCUGAUCGAGCUCUGCAAGCUGCAGCCCGGCUCACUACCACAAGUCCUGGCUCAGGCCACAGAGAUGAUGUACAUGCGCAUCGACACCAUGAACACCACCUGCAUAGACCGCUUCAUCAACUGGUUUUCCCAUCAUCUGAGUAAUUUCCAGUUCAGAUGGAGCUGGGACGACUGGGCCGACUGCUUGACUCAAGACAUGGAGAAGCCCAAACCCAAGUUUGUAAAAGAGGUUUUGGAGAAGUGUAUGAGGCUGUCGUAUCACCAGCGGAUCGUGGACAUCGUUCCUGCCAGCUUCUCAGCGCUGAUUCCUGCAGACCCCGUCAGCUACUAUAAAUAUGCGGAGGAGAGCAGCAGUUCAUUACCAGGAUACGCUCUAUCAUUGACAGUAGGAAACGCCAUUAAGAACCGAGCGUCUAACGAAGAGAUCCUGAUCAUUCUGAAGGACGUCCCCAACCCCAACCAGGAUGAAGAUGAUGAUGAGGGCGACAGCUUCAACCCGCUGAAGAUCGAAGUGUUUCUGCAGACGCUGCUUCAUCUGGCGGCCAAAUCCUUCAGUCACUCCUUCAGUGCGCUGGCCAAGUUCCACGAGGUGCUGAAGACGCUGACGGACAGUGAUGAGGGGAAGCUGCACAUCCUGAGAGUGCUGUAUGAGUUCUGGAGGAGCCACCCUGAGAUGAUCUCGGUGCUGGUGGAUAAGCUGAUCCGCACGCAGAUCGUGGACUGUGCUGCUGUCGCCAACUGGGUCUUCUCUCCGGAUAUGGCUCACGAUUUCACCAGGUUUUAUGUGUGGGAGAUUCUUCACUCCACCAUCCGGAAGAUGAACAAACACGUGCAGAAGAUCCAGAAGGAGCUGGACGAGGCCAAGGAGAAGCUGGAGAAACAGCAGAGCAAGAAGCAGCAGCGUGACAGCGGUGAUGAAGAGGAGAUGGAGAAGAACAGUGAGGAUGAGGACGGUCAGCUGGAGGAGCAGAUCGAGAAGCUGCAGGAGAAGGUGGAGGCGGCGCAGAGCGAGCAGAAGAACCUGUUCCUCGUCAUCUUCCAGCGCUUCAUCAUGCUGCUGACGGAGCACCUGGUGCGCUGUGAGACCGCAGGCACAGAUAUAAACACCAGCUGGUAUAAGAGCUGUAUCGAGCGGCUGCAGCAGAUCUUCCUCAUGCAUCACCCCAUCAUCCAGCAGUACAUGGGCACCCUGGAGAACCUGCUGUUCACCGCUGAGCUGGACCACCAUAUCCUGGCCGUCUACCAGCAGUUCUGCGCCCUGCAGCUCUGAGGCCCACAAUGCACUGCUGCACGGGGCGUCUGCAGGGUCAGCGCGAGCAUCCGGGUGUAGUGUGCUCUACUGCACUGAUAAACAUGCUGUACUUGUGCAGAGUUGGUGUCUGUUUCUAGUCCAAAUGUCUAAUCAUUGUUAAAUCAGUCAGCAUUGUCUAGACGAGCACAGCAUAUAGUGUUGCUUUCAGAAAUCAUGGAUCUGACACACACUCACUUCAAAAUGCAGAGGCCAGAGUAUUUCACCACUUCAUUAACAGAGAUAUUGUGCUGCUUGAUUUAGGAAUGAUUGGACAUUUGGACUCUACACAGACACAGACUCAGAGUAAUAGGAGCCUGUUUAUCCGUCUGGUGGUUUGUUUUUGUCUGGUCAUCAGCUCUGUGGUAAGUGUGGAUCUUUUAACCGCUCCGUAUCGACACACACACACAUGCGUGGAGCUGCUAGCGUGAUCAGACUCUGCUGUAUUUUAUGGGUUUUAUGUCUUUUGGAGGAUGAUGGAGCAGAUCCAGCUUCUCAUGCUAAUGCCAUGAUUCUGGAUGAUGAAACGUCUGUAUUUUUGUUUGUUUGUUUGUUUUUUUACACUAAAAUACAAAAGAAAACAAA